ACAGCUUUGCAGAGCUGUGCCAUUUGAAUUCAAGCACGCACACACACACACACGCACUGUGCUCUCCAUUUCUGGCUUGCCUCCCAGCACAGAGAGUUGAGCUAGAGCUCGGGUUCACUUUUUUCUUCUCACUCUCCUCCCGGCAGCGACAGCUUCUCCAGGCUCUGCUAGUCGGGACUCCCAAGCAAGCAUGGCGGACACCCCUUUGCAAAUCAUUGAGCAGCCCGCUCCUUCCGAGACCUCCGAGGAGCAGGUGGCCGAGGAGCCGAUUAAAUCAGAUCAGAUCAAUGGCGUGAUGGUGCUCACCCUUCUGGACAAGAUCAUCGGGGCGGUGGAUCAGAUCCAGCUGACCCAGACGCAGCUGGAGGAGAGGCAACAAGAGAUGGAUAGCGCAGUGGCCAGCAUCCAGGGGGAACUUAACAAGCUCACCAAAGCACACACCACCACCAGCAACACCGUGAACAAGAUGCUCGAGAAAGUACGCAAGGUGAGCGUCAACGUGAAAACCGUCCGGCAGAACCUGGAGAAGCAAGCCGGGCAGAUCAAGAAGCUGGAGGUCAACGAGGCGGAGCUGUUGAAGCGAAGGAACUUCAAAGUCAUGAUCUACCAGGAUGAAGUGAAGCUCCCGGCCAAGCUGAGCAUCAGCAAGUCUUUGAAGGAGACAGAGAAGGAAGAGGAGGGUGCGGAGGUGCCCGCGGAUGAGGACCAUGUGGACGAGGACCGCAUCCAGCUCUCCUCAGAUGAGGAGGUGGAGGUUGAAGAGAUCAUCGAGGAGUCCCGGGCAGAGCGGAUCAAGAGAAGUGGCAUGAAGAGGGUGGACGACUUCAAGAAGGCUUUCUCCAAGGAGAAGAUGGAGAAGACCAAGCUAAAGACCAAGGAGAAUUUGGAGAAGACCAAACACAACUUGGAGAAGACCCGGCACAACCUGGAAAAGAGGAUGAACAAGCUGGGCACCAAGAUCGUAACCACUGAGAGGAGGGAGAAGAUGAAAACCUCUCGGGACAAGCUGAAGAAAUCCUUCACUCCCGACCACCCUGUCUACGCCAGGUCCAAGACGGCAGUCUACAAGGUGCCACCCUUCACCUUCUAUGUCAAGAAGAUCAGAGAGGGCGAGGUGGAGGUGAAAGCCACAGAGAUGGUGGAGGUGGGAGGAGAAGAGGCCGAGAACACGGAGCUGCUGAGAGAGGAGAGCCCUGAGAUGCACACGCUGCUGGAGAUCACGGAGGAGUCGGACGCAGUGCUGGUGGACAAGAGCGACAGUGAGUAGGACGGGCGGUGGCACAGGAUGGACGGCUAAACAUGUAACCUUUCACACUGCAAGAUCUCUCUUUGCCCCACGCGUCCCGGGAAACGUGUACCCAAUGUAUCAUUAUUCCUCUGGACGUCCAAGCCGAUCCCCCGCCGUCCUGGACGAGGUGUCGUUUAUAUUUUAGUUUUAGCACACAGAGGAGUUAGGAACAUAGGCCGGUUUUUCUUACACUCGUUGUGGAGACCAUUCCUGCUAGUGGACCUGUGAGAGCUUGCUAGCUGCCAGGGACCCGGCUGGGAGCGUGCUAAAACUAAGAUAACAGCUGUACACCUGGGAAGAUCCCUCUUUGCAGCUCUCUGAGACCUGAUGUCUAGAAUGCUUUCUGCUUGGCACACUGCCCAGCGCUGGGGAUCCCCCCGUCCAUUUGUCAGCCAGAGCCACCAUCCCCACAGGCAGACGGGGAAUGCAGGAGCCCAGCUGGCUAGUAGCAGCAGAGAGACAUUUCCCACCCCUGCCCGAACGCCAGCUCCUGGGGCCAUGUGGUCUGGAAGAUCUCCAGUGGAAGGUGGAUCUCUGACAUGUCUUAGCAUGUGGCGAGGGAAGGGUUAAGCCGAUCCCAUUGGUGGGCAGAGCACGUGUGAGGGUGGGCAAUGCCACAUCAGGCUGGGAGGGGCCCCCUGAGACUUCUUGACCCCAGAGGGCUCAAAGAGCUAACGGUCCAGUUCUGGAGAAGCCAGCAUUGAGCACCACAUUGCCUGGGUGGCAGCGAGAUCCCCUGGCAAUGCGGGUAUCCUCCACACACACAGGACCCCGCCACUGCUGCCAGUUACACCGGGGCCACUCCAGGCCUUACUGGCACUGCCCCAGAGUAAUGGAGAGCUCAGCAUGUGCCGCACGCUCCUGUGUGUGUCUGCAGUGCCCGUGACAGCGCGGUGACCGUCUGCCUGCUGGGCCCAGAACCGCUUUGCUCCAGCGGGCUCACGGUCACCUGCAGGGAGCUGCGUGGAGUCGGGUGUCCCACCCAGUCACCGGAGAGCGAGCCCUGUACCAUGUGGCAUCAGCAGGCCGGGAGGUGCACACUCACUGGCCGGGGGAAGGUGCUGGUAGGGGGCACUGGAGAGCCCAGGGUGCGGCUGUGAGGUGCACGCUCACUAGCCAGGGGAGGGUGCAGGUGGGGGGUGCUGGAGGGCCCAGGGUGCAGCUGUGAGGUGCACACUCACUGGCCGGAGGAAAGUGCAGGUGGGGGGCACUGGAGGGCCCAGGGUGCGUCUGGGAGGUGCAUACUCACUGGGCGGGGGAAGGUGCAGGUGGGGCGUGCUGGAGGGCCCAGCGGGCCGGGAGGUGCACACUCACUGGCCGGGGGAAGGUGCAGGUGGGGGGUGCUGGAGGGCCCAGGGUGCGGCUGGGAGGUGCACACUCACUGGGCGGGGGAAGGUGCAGGUGGGGCGUGCUGGAGGGCCCCGGGUGUGGCUGUGAGGUGCAUACUCACUGGCCGGGGGAAGGUGCUGGUAGGGGGCACUGGAGGGCCCAGGGUGCGGCUGUGAGGUGCACGCUCACUAGCCAGGGGAGGGUGCAGGUGGGGGGCACUGGAGGGCCCAGCGGGCCAGGAGGUGCACGCUCACUGGCCGGGGGAGGGUGCAGGUGGGGGGUGCUGGAGGGCCCAGGGGUGCAGCUAGGAGGUGCAUGCUCACUGGCCGGGGGACGGCCCAGGGUGCUGGAAGGCCCAGGGUGUGGCUGUGAGUCAUUUCCAGGAGGUCUGGAGGAUGUGCUGAUGCCACAGCAAGGGGACAGAGCAAGGGGGCUCUUGGCCAACCAGAGAGCAGUCUUGACACGGGUCUGUGGGCCCGAUCCUGAGCAGCGGCGUCUCUGCAGGGGGUCCCGGCACGGCUCAGGCUCAGGGCCUGCGUCUCCCCCCAGUCUCCCCGCUUGCUGCGCAGUUCUAUGGGGCACUGCUGCUGGAGCGCCUGCUUUCCUAUCCGCACGCACCGCCACUGCUUAGCAGGCUCCCGGCAGAACGGAGCGAGGGCCGCGUGUGCUGGGACAGUGUGUCUCCUGGCCAGCUGAGGUCGGCUUUGGGGCUGGCAAUUCCCAACCCCCUGCCCUUUGCAGCCCCCCAGGUGGCAGGGGACACGGGGAGGUUCGGCUUGUGUUCGUGCCCAUCCUUCCCUUAGUUCAUACCCGCUGGGCACAGCCCAGCCCCUGGCACAUCCGGCCGCCGUCCUGACUGCCACGUGACACGCAGGAGAGCAGAGGUUUGUUGUUAACGUAGCCACAAUAUAUAAACUUGCUUCUUUGUUAA